UAUUUAUUAAUCAUAUGUGUUUUUUAAUCAAAUCUGAUCACAAUUAAACCGUAAAAAUGGUUCAAUUGUUGAUGAAAAAAUUUUGUCGAGUUGUUUGUUUACUUCGUAUUGAUUUUUACUUUUUCCUCUUUCAAUUGGGAACCAAUUUAAUUACAGUUCCAGUUAAUCAACUUGUUCAAGACAAAAUUUGUCUCAACAAUUUAUCUCUUAACAGUUCAAUCUGUAACGAUUUAAAUAAUGUGCCAAGUGAAUUUGAAGAGAAGGUUAAAUUAAUUGUUCUGAAAGAGGCAACUUCCAUCAAGAACUAUCAAAUUCUGGUCUCUAUCGCUCCCGGAAUUAUUUUAUCACUUUUCCUUGGACGAUGGAUGGAUCUUUAUCCAGGUCAUAUUAAGUAUCUUCUUGCAUUUCCGUGUUUGGGUGGAGUAAUUCAGAGUUUAUUACUCAUCUAUUUGACAAUACACUGGGAAACAGAUCCUCAUCAGACAAUUUACACAUUCAUCAGCUAUGGAAUCACCGGCGGUGAAACAUUGGUUUCCGUUGGUUCUUACACUUAUGUAGCUCGUAAAACGGCAAUUGAUUACCGACCUUUACGAUUUUCUGUGAUUGAAUUUUGUCGACUAUCAGCUUAUCCAUUGGCUGUGGCUCUUGGAGGGAAAUUACUCUCGCUUUCACCUUUGUUCAAUAUUGGUUUUCGUAAUUAUAUUGGAGUAUUUGUGAUCUUUGGCCUGACCAAGGCAUUCACUGGCCUUUGGGUGUUGGUCACUCUUCAUGAUGCUGAUGAAUCAUCUUCGAUCACCUUUCAAACCAAUCCGAGUGCUCCCAUUGAAUGGAGAGGCAAAGAAUCAACUGGACAAUCGUUUUUAUCAAAUAUUUUCAACAUAACAAAUUUAUCGCAAACUUUUGAAACGGCAUUAAGACCUCGGCCUAAUGGUCAUCGUGGUCAAUUAUGGCAUUUAAUUGUGGCCUCUUCUUUAAUCUCUUGGGGUUUAUUAUGUGAAUCUGCAAUUGGAUUCCAGUUUGCGCAGAAAGUUUAUCAAUGGGAUUAUAAGUUUUUCUCAUAUAUUUCUGCAAUCGUCGGAUUAGCACCAAUGGUUUUCAAGCCAAUCGCUACUUAUAUCCUUGUCCAUCGUUAUUAUAUUCGUGAUACAAGUUUAGCUGCAGUUGGAUGUGUCUCUAUGCUUGCCAACUUUGCCAUUCGUGGUGCAUUACUCCAGCCCUUGGGCUAUUACGUUACCAUAAUAACGCAUAUUAACAUGGGUCUAGCACCGGUUGGACUUCGUUCAAUAAUCACUCGAGUUGUCGAUUACAAUGAAAUCGCUCAAAUCUAUACAAUAAUCACCCUGUUUUCCUCAAUAUCACCAAUCAUUGGAACCGUGUUGAUCACUCACAUAUUCACAUUUACACUUGACACUUUUCCAGGAAUGGCCUAUCACUUCAUUUCCACUGUUCUAUUGUACCCAUUGGGUGUUAUCUUUAUCGUCGAUUUGGCUCAACGGCAUCAUGAUGGCCUGGAAAUCAAUGGAAAGGCCAGUUAUCUCCGUUCUAAACGUCCAAGAAGCUCAAUGAUUGAGAUCGAGAUCGAAAGGAAAAGAGCCAAUACCGAAGUCUAAUUUGUACAGUCAAAUCCAAAUGAAUCUCGUUCAACAACUGAAAACAAUUAAAUUUAACUUUUUCAGUCCAAUUAAAAGAUAAUUUAGUCUUUUAUUGUACUAUUAAAGUGAUUGAUAGAAAACAAUUAAACAUAAUAAUAAAUUAAUUACAAUUGAA